UAUCCGGUUUAGCACUUCCGCUCUGACGCUAUGCAGCGGCGGUAGCUACAGCUGCUCCGAAUCCACCUAGCUGGACUUUUCACCCCGGGGAGAAGCUACGCGCGAGAGAGGAAGCAAGGAGCAGAGCAGGGGUUGUUUGUUGUGGUCCCUUCGUUGACUCCCACAGGAAAGGAAAAAAAAAAAAGGCGGGAGGACGCCGUGCCGGGCUGUGCUCUGCGUUGUUUCUCUGCUCCCGUAUUGAGGUGGGAAGGAAAAACAGUGCCUCUUCGUCCCAGAACUUCUCUCUCUCCCUUUACGGCAUUCAUGGGCCCGUCUCACGUGAGGCUUUCGUGCCGUUGCUGCCGUGCUCGAGGGAUAGCGGCGCGCGUUUGCUUCACACCGUCUCGUCUCCGACGGUAAACGAGGCACCGCGCGACUCUUGUGUGCAGCGCGCAUCGACGGCAUGUCUACGCACGCUGCAUCGGCGGAUGGCACACCACACGGCUGAACGACUGGUUCAGCGUGCCGGAGCACCGCGUCGGACAUGUCGUCUGCUGCACUCACGCCGGAUGCCAGAUGUGACAGCGAUGGUGCUAGGAAACGCCCCCGUUACCUGCAUCCCGAAUGUGCCAGGAGGCACGGCGGCAGAUGUCAACUGCUGCAGCACCGAUGUCAGAUCAACGAGUUUCUUCUUCUCGCUGACCUGGAGCUCUGUGAAGAUGGCCGAGGCAGAAGCGGCGGGGACGCCCGACUUGCGGUCACCCGAAAAAUCGAUUGCAGGUUUGUCUUCUACAGCUCACCAGAUGACCAGCGUGAGUCGUUGAACGUCGCUCGAGGCCUGCUCUUAGAGCACCGCUGCAUCACCGCCGUGGAACUGAGCUGCAUCGCGAUGAACUACGGUCCGUUGCUGGCGGCCCUUGAACGCAAUGACGCGGUGAAGAGCUUGACUCUCUGGUUGAAGAGUGACGACGUGAUAGACGCCAGCCUCUUCAUGCUGACCGACACACUCUCGCGGCUCGACGAGCUGAUCUUCAUGGAUUGUUUCUGGUAUAAGAAAUGUAAAUCGACGAUUUGGUUGGAAUGCGUGUUGCUCGAAGAAAGCGUGGCGCACCUGACGACUCUGAACGUGGCUCACUUGGCAAUGACAGAAGCAGCGGCUGCUCGAUUCAUCCUGGCGCUGGUGCAAAGCCAAACCAUUGCCGAUCUCACCAUCGGGCGGGACGUGAUGUACUGUAACGAUGGCAGAAACUUCAGCCGGUACCUCACCAAGCAGGGUACCCCGCUGAAAAAACUCACGUACUUGAUAAAGAGUACCGACAUUUUCCCGUUCUCGAGAAGAGACGUGUUAGAGCGUCAUGUCAACGCUCUGUGCAGGAUGACAACUCUGGAGGAACUGAAUUUUGACUUUGACGACGCGGACGCGGACAGCGCAAGAUACUUCGCCACGUAUGCCAAAUUGGUGUCUCCCAGCUUGCGGCGCCUGUGGCUGCCCCGCACGCCCUGCCGGGAGUGGGUGUACGACCAACCCUCCUGGGACAACUCCGAAUGCAUGGAACUCUGGCUCACAGCUCUGCGGAAGCGUUCGAAACUGAACGAGCUCCGGAUCGACUUGUGGUGCUUCGCCGAAGCGCAGUGCCUCGCUUUCUUCGAAGCGGUCGCCGACAACGCCACCCUGCGGCACGUUGUCGUCCGCCAUCUGCCGGUUGCGGCUAAGCUCGACGCCAUGUGCAACGCGAUCCGGCAACUCGGACUGGGCGACCGAGUCGUCGUCGAGGACCAGUACUACUGCUACCGAAACAUGCGCUCGCUUCGGGAAUGCACCGAAAUUGCCGGCGUGACCAUCCGCAAGCCGUGCGCGUCUCUAGCGCAGCACGCGUACCUCGAGGAUGUGCGAGAAACGUUCGAAGUCCUCAGUCGCGUCCGUCACCGCAUCUCGCUCAGGGUCGACUGCGACGGGUUCGACGAAGCCACGUUCGCUGCCUUGACUGCGCUCGUACGGAGCUGGUCUGCACUUGCGGCCGUCGAGCUGGACAUGGAGUACGAGCGGCAGGACGUGCGAGACUGGCAGCGACGAGACGCGCAUGCAAGCGAAGUGCUUUCUGCACUUGCGACCAACCCGUGCCUCACCAGAGUGAGCAUCUACGGACUGCCGCCGCGGGUCUACGACUGCUUGCACGUUCUUGCAGCGAGCGCCCGCAAGAAUCGAAACUUGGUUCACGUCUGCAUAACUCCACUCGUCGCUCCCGAGGCGUUUAGCAGUGAUUUUGGCAGCCAUGGGGAUGAGCGCAAGAAGGCAUCGCGAAACUACGAGAACUUCGUUCUGGUAAACAUACAGAAAUCUACGAGAAGAAACGCAAGCCGUGUGAUGACAGCGGCAGGCUUUGUUCUGCGCCGGCAAGACGGCGAACACGGUGCACGAUACCUCGAGGCCAUUCACGACCACCCCUGGCUCCUGGAGCUCGUGCGCGAGGGUGCGGCGGUUUCCAACGGCGAGGCGAAGGCGAUGAUCAGCGAAGCCCUCAAGGCAGUGCGACGCUUCGGCCUCGACCAGUUCAUGAGGAUGGCCGGGGUCGUCAGAUCGAAGGUCGAGUGCGUCCGUACUCGUCGCGCCGAGGUUCAGCUCGCCGACAUCGGAGUGCAUUGCUGGUUGCACAUCCGCCAAUACCUCAAGCUCGAAGACAUCGUGUAGUUUGGGCACAUCUGACUUGCAGUUGUCCUUGGUAAAGCUUCCACGCAUAAUGCAAGCGGAAUGCCGCUGCCACUUUGUACGCAGCGGCUUCAGCGCGACAUGAAGACGUUUCGGCAAUGGUGAUCCAGGUUGUGCCAGAAUUACCGUCGUCACCUCGACGAUGCAGUCGUUGCUGGAUUCUGUGAUGGUGCUUCUGGUCUACGCCCACUGACUUCCUCCAGCUCGCGUUGCCGAACGCCAGUCGAGCAAGCAGAUAUUUCGCAGUCCGCGUGUUUGCGGGCAAGGCCUCGUCCAGCUAGAGCCCAGACUUCCGGAUAAGCCUGCACCGGCAGCGGUUCCACUAGUCAAGAAGUCGUCGUGCCAUUUGUGUUAACAGCGUUUCACGGUAGCUACGUAAGAUGAACAGCGUGUAAGGCUGUCGUGAUGUGACAAGUUUGGCCUUUUUCGUAACAGGGGGAAAAAAAGAGUUCAAGAUUGCAGGAUAACGAUGGUGCGUGCGCUUGGGCACAAAUGUUUGUCUUGGUAAUCCUAGAAUUAGGAUAAAGCAAUUCCAACAAAAUUUUUGAAGAGGUAAUUUGUGACAGAUUAAUAUUUUUUAACGCACAGAAUGUAAUUUCAGUCAAUACGGCUUUCAAGGGAUAAAUCCACCCAAUAAGCUCUUCUAUAAAAGGUAACAAAAUAUGUAAUAUCGAAGACAAACUGUACGCCUUGUUUAUUUUAAGACCUGAAAAAGGCUUUUGAUUCUAUACAUCAUGAAAUUCUGUUCAGGAAAUUACGGAAGUACGGAAUACGGGGUGUUGCAGCUGUUGCUUAAAAGCUAUUUAAGUAGUCGUUGACAGUUCAUGAGUAGUCAGGAUGUUUCAUCUAGCUUUUUUAACGUUGCAAUAAAGCGUCCCUCAGAGCUCCAAAUUAGGUACGUUGUUAUUUCUAAUUCUCGCAAACGAUAUAGUUAGCAUACCUGAUUCACCAAAAUUGAUAAUGUACGCCGACGAUACGAAUUUAUUUGAAGUAGGUAAAGGCAAGGCGCAGAAGACCAGGACUUAGGAAGAAGAACACAAACGACAAGACGGGCGCCACUCGAGACUGGCAAGCUGAGACGGCGAUCAAGUUGACACACAAAAUGGCAGGAUUGGUGCGAAAGCUUUGAUGAAAGAAAGGGCCCAAUGUCUUGUCGUUUGUGUUCUUCUUCCUAAGUCCUGGUCUUCUGCGCCUUGCCUUUACCUACUUCAAGCAUGAACCAACUAGCCCAAGCAAGAGUUUUACUUGAUCACGAAUUUAUUUGUUAAAUCACGUUGCCCGAAUGAAUUGGAGCACCACGUCAAUUGCUACCGUGUAUCACUAGUACAGUGGCUUAACUAAAAUAAAUUGUAACUAAGCAUGGCAAAAAGAUACAUUAUAUUCAAGUCGCGGAAUACACACAUAGGUAGGAAACUAACCAGUAAUCCGCCUUUUCUUCAUGUUCGUGUGCUGCCCUCUGCCGCGCGCCGUUGGAAACGUUUUGGAAGGGUGCCGGGGCUUUCGCCAGUUGAUUCGUGUACCUGUGCCCAUGUUCAGUGUGCGUCGGUUGUGCGUUUCGUGGACCGCGAUUAAUUAAUGGCUUCACCGGGAAAGCACGUCGUUGCUGGAAGCCAGGUAGCACUCGCCGACUAUUGUGCGAACACGCCUGAGCGCACUGUUGUGCUGACAGUGCGGCCGAUAAAGACACGCCGAGUUCUGCCUCCCGACGCGGUUGCCUUGGAGUUCGUUGUCACUGAUGUCUGUUCUUGGACCUCGCUAUUUGUAAUCUUAUUACCCAUUCAUGAGACAUUUCACACACUCAAGAAGCCUUCGUGCGCAACUUUCCACGUAGGAUUUGCCAAAGCGGUGCAUUUGUUUAUAUCUACAUGUACAGCCACACAUCGUUGUUAGCUUCGGAUAUUGUGGAACCGGUGCAUGGCUGAUAUGAAAUAACGUCGAAACAUAUCAAAACAUAUCUGCGCAUAUGGACCACGUUGUUCCACCGUGAGACGAGUAACUAAGAGCGGCCGAGCCACUUAAACAACGGCAACUGUGAUUGAGACAUGUAUUACCGGUCCUCGCUUUUCUUUAUCUUUAUAAUACUUAGAGUUUGCGCCUGCCAUAAAGUAUUAUUAGAUAGAACUGUGCUGGGUAUAAGUGCCCACUAUAGUGUUCUCGUGAAAACGCGGAUGCCAUCGCUUGCAUCGAUGCUAUAACUGAGCGAGACUCUUGUUUAUGUUGCUGUACCGAAUGCACCGUCUCUUGUUUCCCGAUUGGCGCAAAGGUGGUAAACAGUGCAUCUCUGGAAUGAAUAAAUGUGUCGGCAUGAGAACACCUACAGGCUCACCCAUUUACGUAGCGAAUGCGACCGGCAGCCUAGGGGAACGGGGACGUACAGAUGUUAGCACAGCACUGGGUCGCCGCUUAUUGUGCACACGCCGUGCGAAGCGAGAUUUCAAAUCGCCAAGGCCAUAAAUGAACUAUGAAAGCAGUUUCCUUCGGCUUAACUGCUUACCUUUAAGUUCAGGUCCACCUGUGGCGGUUGCACGAACUCGACGGGGCCAGGCCUAGCCCAACCUUCGCUAAAAGGGAUCAACAUUGGAUCACACUUCAUGUGCAUGGCUUGGAAGGACUGGAGCUCAUGCAACUCAACUUCGAAGGCAUGUUUCGGCUCAUUUUGAGCUCGAAUAAUUAUAUAUACAAGCGAAACCGCUGCGGCUAUGGCGUUGUCGGUUCGCCAGCCGAUUGUAUGAGGUUCGGUCGAGCGAUCAUGGCGCGCACGCUGAUUUCGUCAGUGCCGUCAACACGAAAGCCCGUCAUGCUACGACAACGCGCACCCGCCGGUUGCAUCGUUGUUGGCUUAUGCUAAAAUGGUCUCUGCGACAUGCUGUGCUGAACAGUCGGCCAGUAGUUGGCGUCAGCGUUUUGUCGGUCUCGUAUCGGCCCAGUGUUACCGCGCCUUAAACGAGUACGUGAAGUCAAGCACGCUCUGCCACCACCAGCAAGAGAGGGCCGACGCUGCAACAAGACUUCGUCCGCAACGUCAAGUUUUCUUAGUGUAGCGCAGGGGUUUAUACAUAAAUUUUCUGGCUGACGUAGAGCUAUGCACCAUUGCAGUUUCAACGCGGUACACGGCACGAGUGUUUGCUGCAGUGCGCAUUCGUGCGCUUUUUUUUUCUGCGGACUCCCCCCCUGUCGGGGGCGCUGCGAGCGCUCGGCGGCGUCAGACUUCUUUGCACUGGCUCCGCUGAUGUUCCCGCCCUUCUGCGCACCAUCACCACCAUCCCUCUCACAAGCGGUUUUAACGUGAUCGCCAAGUUCUGUGCUUUACCCGGAUACCACUCUCGUCCACGUGGGCCCAUUUUCGCCACUUUGAGAGGCCGUUUUCACUCCCGGCUACCACGCCGCUUCGCUAGGCCUUGUCUCAUUACGCCUAGCGCCCCUCGUCGUGGCUUUCAGCCCGACGAUGGCGGCAGCCACUGUGGUUACGGGCUACGACCCUGCCUCAGUGCAAGUGCUAAGGAUGGAGACUUCCUCUACCGACCAACUUAUGCCAUCGGAGAACGAAUAUCUCGAAGAUAUGGUGAAUAUCUGGAAACGCAAGCAAGCGAAAUCCAAGCCCGCGUCCCUGCACCGAGACGCCGCAGCUCCGCAAAGCACACAUGCGCGGCGUCCCACAGACGCCGGCCGCGCGCACUUCUGCUUCCUCGCUGUCAGCGAAGCAACGGAAGUCGCGUCCGCGUCACACUCCUCUCCUCUCCCGACACGACU